AUGGCAGCAGCAGCAAAAAUCUCCACUAAGACCUUGAAGCUCAACACAGGCGCAACAAUCCCAGUAAUUGGGUUGGGCACCUGGCAAUCUCCAGAUGAGGAGUGCUACAGCGCCGUUCUUUCUGCGUUGCACGCAGGGUACAGACACAUCGACACUGCGAGAAUCUAUCAGAACGAGGAGGCCGUGGGCAAAGCCGUUGCACAGUACUUGAAGGAGUCCGGCACUUCCAGAGACAAGCUGUUCAUCACCACGAAGCUUUGGUGCUCCGAGGUCCAGGACCCGGAGAAGGCACUCAAAGAGUCGUUGGAGAGAUUGAAUCUCGAAUACGUGGACUUAUACUUGAUGCACUGGCCUGUCUCUAUGGUGAACAGAGGCGAUCUCUUCCCAAAGACCGCCAGCGGCACUACCGAGAUCAUCCCUUUUGACAAAUGGAACUACGUCGAGACUUACAAGAUCAUGCAGAAGUUGUACAAGGCGGGUUUGACUAAGGCCAUUGGUAUCUCCAACUUCAACAUCCCAAAGAUCGACUACCUCUUGGCUCAGUCCGGCGUCGACGUCGUCCCAGCAUGCCUCCAGGUCGAGAUCCACCCUUACCUCCCACAGUUCGACUUGGUCGACUACUGCACCAAGAAGGGGAUCUUGGUCGAGUGCUACUCCCCGCUCGGCUCCACCGGCGCCCCACUAUUGAAGGACCCUGCCUUGAUUAAACUCGGCGAAAAGUACGGCGUUUCUCCAGCAUGCAUCGCCAUCUCUUGGGCUGUUGCCAGAGACACCAUCCCGCUACCUAAGUCUGUCCACGAGGAGAGAAUUGUGUCCAACCUCAAGGUUGUUGACUUGGCUGACGAGGACAUCUCCCUCGUCGACGCCGUCUCCAAGACCACCGCAAAGCGUCUCGUCAAGCCAGAAUGGGGUGUCGACAUCUUUGGCGACAGUGCCAAGCUUUAG